AAGUUGUUUAUAAAAAAACUAUCAUUUGUAUUGAUUUUCCGUCGCUUUUCUCGCUAUUGAGUUUUUCUACUGAAAAUCAAUUAAUUUACUAAUAAACUUACCUUCCAAUAUUCGUUAUAAGUUAAAGGUAUUACAAACUAAGUAAUAUGAGUGCCAUAGCGCAGCAAGAGUGCCAUGUUAAGGAGAGUUUAUUUCAGUUUAUUAAGAAAAACAUCCCUUCUGCGGACGUGAGUGCUAUAGACGACAUUGUACUCUCGUAUGUAAUUUCCAUCCUAGAGGAGGCUUCCCAGGACCCAUGCUUUGAUGUAGAAGGUUUCAUAGAAAUGAUGGCAGCGUACAUCCCCAAGUUUGCGAGCAUCGACCCUGGUCUGGUUUGCUCCUGGGUCCUGGAGCUAGAAGCGGAGCUGUCGCGGAGAGACGUGUCUGAUACUAUGUCCAAUCAUGAUGAUUCGGCAGGUAGUGACAAAAUCAGCCUCACUCUGCAGAACCUCAGCGAGAUGUUGCCGAUCCAAUCCGUUACCAAGAACAAUCGCUCACACUCCAACUCGGAGAACUCGGAAAGCUCGGAGACUACGGAGCGUCGUUCCCUGCUGGACGGGGAGGAGUACGCCGAGCAGUGCCGCGCUCUGCACGAGAUGUUUCCCAACACUUGCGCUAUGGAGAUAAAGCACUGCGUGUCCAUCGCUUGCGGGGACGCGGAGCGCGCGGCCGCCACGUUGCUGCAUCGACGCGAGCACGGACAAGCGCUUUCCGCGGCUGCCUUACACGCUGCCGCCAAGCAGCCCGCUUGUGAUGACCAGGAGCUGAAGAGCCGUAUUAUUGCGAGAUAUUCGUACGUGGACAAGAACUCAGAUACAAAGGAGCACAAGCCGCUGGCGCCCAAGAUCGAGCCCAAGAAGCUGGUACGAUACCGGGAUAACAAGAUCGUCUCGCUCAAGGGGGAGCGUUAUACUGAGGUGCCGAAGUCCGGAAUCGACGAGGAACAUUUAAAAAAGCCGAAGAAACAGCAUUGCCCUUAACCAUUAAAACCACGUCAGUACGGUGGAAAAGCGGACCCGCGUCCCGCACAUAUUUCCCUUCUAACUUUACUCGUCCCCUCCCUUGCGCGCCCUCCCGCGCGCGGCUACCCCACACACGCGUGCAAAUAUCCGCGUGCGCGUGAAUACCUAGACGUUAAAUGUGUAGAUGUUAGACUUACGUGCGAAAGCUCGAGUAGGAUACGUAAAAAUGUCACUUAUAUGCGAAUGGAGUCAGCUACACCAACAAAUCUGACGUAUGCGCACGAAUACUUAGCCAGUAAACGAACAAAAGAAAUGUUUGUACACAUACCCAAAGUGAAGUAUUCGGCAGAAUACUUAGAUAGAAUAUGGUGUUUAGUGACAUGCAUGUGCGAAUGUUUGUCUAAGACACGCGCAACACUGUCAAGUUCGCAUAAAUACCUAGUUAAUUAUUACGCCGAAGUGUCAACUGGGCGGGAUUAUAUUAGUAAGAUUUACGUAAUUUUCGCGUUUACGCGUCAAUACUUAAAAGUAGACAUAGGAACAAAUUCGCGCGAAUACCCAACUCGCGUUGUAAACAAUUCUAAUUGUAGGGAUAGCAAAAUGGUUCGGCCAUUGACGUGGGUCUCAGGUGGCUCGGUGGUGUCAGGUAGCAAAGCGCAAAUUUCGCGCGUGUGUUGCGGUUUUCGCGUCUUCACUAAAGGCGGGCGCGCAUUGAUUCGUGUUAGUGUUAGUGUAGUUACCGCGCGUGAUUCGCACUUUUUUUACGCGGCGAUUUUUUUAACCGCUUUUUCCAGUACUGAUUUUUUGAAUGAGUUUACAGACUCGCCUCGACAUAGGUGUGUUCAUAGUCAGUUAUUUUAUUUGAUUCGCGUAUUUAUCGUUAAGUUUAGACUCUCUUUAAGGCAGCUCAGUAUUAUUUACACUAGCGACACUAUGGCAUCACAUUGUUGUAACAUUAUAGGGAUGAAAAAAUGUGUUCAAUUUGAUAGGGAAUUUCUAGGAACAAAUUUUUCGAGAGUGGGCGAUGCCAUAGACGGUGGUCGAAUGUGUACGUGCGACUUAGAUAGCGGAGCGCUAAAAUGUCCCCCGAUUUGUGAUCGCCAAGUCGUGAGCGAUUUUAGCGCACUAAAAAAUCUAUUCCCUAUAGUUUUAAGUGUAACUUUUACACCUGUGAUUUUUAACUGUUAUAAUUUUAUUGGAAAUGUGAUUUGUAUAAUAGUUUGGUCGUUUUUAUACUCGUCUGUGAUUUUAAUGCCAUUGACUAUUAAUAUAGUUUACCCUCUAAGCGGUUAUAAUUUAAAUUUAGGUUUUUUAUCACUAUUAUUAUUAUUAAUAGAAUUUAUUAUUAUAAUCUGUUACCAGUGUGCGUGUGCGCACUAAACUGUGAUGGUUUUUUUAAUAGUUUAUGGAUAUUUGUUAGUGAUUUGAGGAAACUAUUUUUCAGAACUGGAUCCGUAUAUUAUCCGUAUAUUGGCCAGUUUAUUUGCCCGAACUCAAAUCAUUUGGCGAAUCUGGAUAGUGGAGUCGUACCAUUAAACUGAUCGUAUGGUUUUGCUUUCAUAAAGAUUCGUGUCUGAAAAAAAAUCACUAACAUUUAUCACGAACUAGACUUUUUGAAUAGACUGAUCUAUUAAGACGAUCUCAUUGAAUGAGGGUUAAUCAUUGACAUAAAAUAAACACAAAAUAUCCUGCGUUUCUUAGCAUAAAUUAUUAUAUGUCUUAGACAUGUCCAAGAUAUUUACCUAUGUUUUGUCGAAAUUUCAUCCAAAUCUGUUUAGUUGUUUAGGAGAGCUGGACAAAAAUGUAUGAAGAUACCGUGAGAUCGUGGAUUUUCGUUUUUAUUUUACGUCAAUGGAUAGAUAGUAUUAUUUUUUCUAUUUAAUCUUUAUUCUCUUCUCGGCACAGCUGAGUUUAUUACUCUAUUUAAUUUUAAAUCUGUCUAAUGCCUCUGCUGUUAGAAAAAAAUAGAGAUAAAAAAUAACUGACAAAAGUCUUUUUCAAUUGCGUCAGGUUUCGUUCAGAAAACCAUUAUGUACCUAUAUUAUUAAUACGUUUUUAUUUUCAUAUCUUCUUCUCUGCAUCGUAUUCCUAAUUGCUGAGGGUCGUGACCCUUUCCCAUAAAUCUCAUUAUUAGAGAUGAUUUUAUAAACUAUUUUUUUAAUAUACUUAGAUAUAAUCGUUUAAUUUGGAGAAGAAAAAGCUUGUCUAUUGAAUGUUAUAACAGCAGGGGAUUUUAUCAUUUGACUUAAAAUUUAUUUGAAAAAAAAGCGAAGCCAAAAUCGGUGCUUUAAAAUUAAAAAUUAAAUGCCAAACACAUUAGGUAAUUUAUAAAAAAAAUGAAUCUCUAUUCCUCUUGCCGAGUUGCAUAUCUAGAGUUAUAAAAUAAUUAUAAAUUGUUUUGAGUUGUGUAGGACCUUGUCCGUUGAGCCAAUUUUGUAGGAGUCACAGACUCAAAAAAAAAAAAAGAGUAACCAAAAAAAGAAACACUUGUAUAAGUUUAUCCGCCUUUAAAUCUCUUUAAUAUUUUGAAUCUUUGUUUGUUUCAUUUGAUCUGAUUUUUGUGCCUAUUUUUCCAGGUUAAAAUGUUUUUAAAAAAUUGACCUUUAAAAUAAAGGGAUGGCAACAUUGGUACAAUUUUGAAAGCAUUUUUUGAUAAUUAAUUAAAAUAAUUUUAUUUUACUAUCUUGACAGGCUUAUUAGCAUUUAUUGUUAAGUAUAAGUACCGAAGGUAUUUUUUAUAUUGACAGUUUCUACCAUUUCGUACCAUGCUGAAGAAAAUUUGGUACCAGUGUUGCCAGAAUCGGCAUCGAAAUCACAGAUGAAAUUAAAAAGGAGCUGAACGCUUUAGUAUCGCCGCAUUUAUUUUCUACUUAUUUUUGAUUAAUUAUUAUUGUAAUAAUUUCGUAUUAUUAAGUUAAUUAGUAAAUUAAUUAUUAUUAAUGUUAAUUGUAAGUGUAGUUAUGCGAGGAUCGCGCACUUGAUGUCAUAUCCAAUUCGAUGUGAACAAUACAAUGUAUCAAUAUAUCGUUGAAUAACCCUAA